AUGCCGAUUGAUAGACGCACAAUUCCAAGAGGUCCAGGACAACUCGAUAUUCUCCUUGCAAAGCGAUCAUUCACAAAUUCUUUAUCUAUCUAUCUAUCUAUCUAUCUAUCUAUCUAUCUAUCUAUCUAUCUAUCUAUCUAUCUAUCACAGACUGUUUCUAUCUAUCUAUCUAUCUAUCUAUCUAUCUAUCUAUCUAUCUAUCUAUCUAUCUAUGACAGUCUGUUUCUUUUCUUUCUAUCUAUGACAGUCUGUUUCUAUCUAUCUAUCUAUCUAUCUAUCUAUCUAUCUAUCUAUCUAUCUAUCUAUCUAUUGCUCGGUCAAACGACUAAUAUUACCUAUACCAUCUAUCUAUCUAUCUAUCUAUCUAUCUAUCUAUCUAUCUAUCUAUCUAUCUAUCUAUCUAUCUAUCUAUCUAUCUAUCUAUGUCCGUUAUUUCACUCAUUAUCAGACCAUAUCACUCAAUCUGCCUUUCUUUCUCUCUAUUUUAUCUAUCUAUCUAUCUAUCUAUCUAUCUAUCUAUCUAUCUAUCUAUCUAUCUAUCUAUCUAUUUUAAUCUUUAUCAGACCUUAUCACUCAAUCUCUCUCUCUCACUCAGACUAUUCUUUCUUUCUUUCUUUCUUUCUCUCUUUCUUUCUUUCUUUCUUUCUUUAUUUAUUUCAAUUUAUCUUCUAG